AUGCUGGGGCUGCAGCAGCAGCAGCAGCAGCAGCAGCAGCAGCAGCAGCAGCAGCAGCAACAGCAGCAGCAGCAGCAGUAUGUGGCAGACUGCAUUGUGGUGCCCGCCCCGCCCAAUAUGAUUCCUUAUCGAGGGUUUGCAUUGGAAGUGCUGGAGAAGGGAGGGAGAGAGCUGCAGCAGAAUUUGUUUAGGGCCCUCAAAAGGAGACUGCAGCAAAAAGCACAAAGACCAAUCCCGACCUUUGAGGAGUAUCCAGAAGAAAGCCGCGCUUAUUUACAACGCGUCGCAGCAGAAGAGAAAAAGCAGCUACAGCCAGAGGGCAGCAGCAGCGAAGCAGCCCGUCGUCUGCUGCAGACAUCUCGUUUAUGUUUUAAAACCCUCAACAGCAGCGGGAUACAGUCUGCUGUCAUUCCUUUCAUAGGUCUUGGGGUGUAUGGGUUCGAACCUAAAAGAGCAGCAAAUAUUAUCGUGCAAGCAGCAAUCGAAGAAAUGCUACAGGUUGAAGCAGUGUCUCCUUUGUACAACCUUAACCGCAUUGAUAUUGUAGAAGCAGAUGCAGCAGCAGCAGCAGCAAUUGCUGCAGCAGCAAAAGAAGCAGAGACCAUCUGGAUACCUGAAAAGCAGCACCACGGGGUGAUUCGGAGACAAAAGAAACAUUACUUUUCUAAUAUUCGCCCCUUCAUGUGGCGGGCUUCAAGGGUUUUGCAGCCUCCUCCUUUCAUGGUAUUAAAGAACUCAGGUAUUGCUGCAAAUAAUAUAUUUUCUUAUCGCCGUCAUUACUUUCGGGGUGUACGUGCAACAUUAUUUAAUAUUCGUUCGUCUUCAUUUGAUAUGUUGCGCAUUAAAAGAGAUGGUCAAUUCGAAGGCGUUAAUAAAAUGCCUAAUAUAGCCCUCAAAGCUAAACCCAGACUCUAA